AUGAAUCAGCUGGGUUGGGCCCAGUACAAAGUCUGCCGGCCCAUUCCCAAAGCUCGGUCAUUUUUACUGUUCAAAACAAAUUCAUGUUCGGCAAAUUUCAGCUUAUCUGAAAGAACUGAACAUCCAUGUACUGUAUUAUACAGAACUGAACAUUGGAGUGUCCCUGAUUACCUUCCAUGGGGUGUGCCUCUUGCUUAUUUUUACCUUAAUCGCUUCUCAGAGCUAUUGGUUCAUAAGCCUGGUGAAGGCUUCCUAUUAAGUCUUGUGGCAACAAUUCUUUCUCCUUUGAGAUGGGCAUUUUCUAAAUUCGUUGAAAGCCAUAUAAAGAAGAAGCUUGGGUUGGCAAAGCAUGGAAUGGUACCAAAACACAGCUUCCUUCAAGAAAUCAGUUCUUGUUUGACAUCCACAGUACCAGAAAAAUUCUAUGACAAAGUUGAAGAGAGAAGCAUUAUUUUGAAAAAAGCUUCGAGCUUCAGCUUCUGCAAAGAAGGUGUUUUGGUUAAUGGGGAGGUGCAACCUCUGAAGACUGAUUUGGUCAUCUUGGCUACUGGGUUCAGGGGUGAUCAAAAGCUCAAAGACAUUUUUGUGUCCACCACCUUUCAGGACCAUAUUGCCGGCUCUGCCAAUGCAACAGUUCCCCUCUACAGGGAAUGCAUUCAUGCAAGAAUUCCACAACUAGCAGUGAUUGGAUUCUCGGAAAGUGUAUCAAACUUGUACACCUCGGAGAUGAGAUGCCGGUGGCUAGCGGAGCUUCUUGAUGGCACAUUCAAGCUGCCGUGCAUUAAAGAGAUGGAAAAAGAUGUGGCUAAUUGGGAUAAAUACAUGAAGACAUACUCCGGCCAAUACUACAGGAGAUCCUGCAUUGGUGCUCUUCAUAUAUGGUACAAUGAUCAACUCUGCAAAGAUAUGGGUUGGAACCCCAAAAGAAAGAAGGGAUUCAUUGCUGAAUUGUUUGAGCCUUAUGGUCCAAUGGACUACACCACAACCUCUUAAGUCGGUGAGAAAUGUUAGAAAUUAUAUUUUUAUGUCAUAAUUAUUUCAUAAUGUUGAUAUAACAAUCCAACCAACUUUUAGAUCAAUAAUUGUUU